AUGGCGCCAUCUAAUAGAGCAGCAGCAGCUAAAGCGAUAGCUUUGAGGAUGAAAGCUGUGCAAAUGAAAAGAACUAGCUCUAAGGAUGCAGGGCCGUCAACCACACCUAAAGCUUUGUCUCCAAAGAAGAGGGUUGUGUCUGCUAAGAAGAAGGAGGUGUCCCCGAAGAAGAAGGUUGUCCAAACUAAGAAGAAGACUAGAUCCCCGAAGAAGAAGACAAAGGCUGUAUCAGAGAAAUCUGUAUCAAAGACCAAGUCUGGAAAUAGUUCUAAGUCUAAUAAGAUAGAGGUUGGUGAUGAUAUCGAAGAUCCUAAUGCAACUGGUGGUUUGAAGCUGCUAAGGCGAGGGAUGGUGACAAUGAAUCGCAUUACAAGGCGACUCAUCAGAGGGAGAAAGCUAACCAUACAGAUUAAUGAUAAGGGGGAACCUUAUGGUAAGGCUGCAAAAGAAAUGCAGUCUUACAUUGGGGUCUUAGCACGUACAAAGAUCUCGAUUGUCACUGGUGAUUGGAGAGAGGUGGACCCUGAGGAAAAACAGAAAAUCUGGGAAUCUAUUAUGGAUGCAUAUGUGAUCCCUAAAGAAUGUAAGAAGCUGGUGAUUACCUCUGCUGCAAAUAAAUGGAGGGAAUUUAAAAGCAAAUUGACCAACAAGUACAUUAUCCCUUAUAUGGAUACCCCUGAAUUGCUUGAAAAUCCACCGGAUGAUUAUCGAUGUGUUAAGAAGGCUGAUUGGGAUAUCUUUGUCGCUGACAGGAUUUCAGCAAAAUUCCAGGAACUGCGUGAUGCACAAAUAGAAAAAAGAAAGGAAAAUCGGUACCCUCAUCGUAUGGCACGUAAAGGAUAUGCUAACUUAGAAGCCGAACUGGAGCUGCAGGUUGAUGGGAACGACUGCGGACUGGCAAUAGACAGGGUCGAAAAUAUUGUUGCUUAUGUCAUUGGAACCAUUGUGCAUGAUGCCUUGCUACCAUUUCCAGUGAAGGAUGCUGACAUAGUCACUGUCGGAGACGCCAUUGGGACUUGUGUUGCUUGGCCAAGAAAGCUAGUUGUUAUCCCUGCACCAGAGGCACCCCCUAAACCCAUUGAGCAGAAAAUAACAAAGCGUGCUAAUCCGAAGAAGAGAAUCAGAGAUUCAUUUGAUGAUGACAAUGAAGACCUGGAAAACUUGCCGACGAAUCUGCCAUUACCAGUAAAGGACUUGUGUAUGUGGGCCAAGACUGAAUUGAUGGAUGGCGCCACAAUCCACACAACAUUUGGUGGGGAAAUUUUCGGCCAUUCUAGGAAAGCAGUCAUCUUUAGAAGGGAUAUCUAUAACAUGGCUAACAUGCUGGAAGUAUCUGGAGGAGUCAUUGUUUUUUACAUGAGCUACAUUUAUGGAGUCCUGAAGAAGUCUAAGAUGCUUGAUAUGGUUGGCUUUAUGGACCCUGCACACACCGGUAUAAUUGGGUGUGGAAAUCCCACUGAACGGGCACGGUCUAUGUCAAAUCGGUACAUGUUAGGGAAACCGGGGCAAAUAUUUUUGGUUCCAUAUAACUCGGGUGCUCAUUGGAUGUUGUCGGUGGUGAACCCGGAUGAAGAAGCCGUGCAUUUCAUGGAUCCGCUAAAAAGGCGACUUUGUGCUGGUGAAUGGAAAAGUAUUGUCGACAACUCUAUUAAAAUCUUCAAUGCCCAAAAGGGUAGGAAAGGAAGGAAAAUAAUCCAAUGGAAGAAUCUUGCUGGUAUUCCGGAGCAAACUGAUUCUAAGACUUGUGGUUAUUUUGUCAUGCGUUAUAUGAAAGAAAUUGUGGAGGACAAGAACUUGGAGUUUGCUACCAAGUGGGAAAGGAAAUCAAAUCUUGCUUACACACAGAAGGAUAUUGAUGUGGUUCGAGCUGAAUGGGCAAAUCAUGUUAUGAAGUUCUAACUUUGGUUCUGUUUAAGGUAGAUGAGUAGCACCAGCAACUGCUUUUGUGCAUUUAUAUAUAACUGAUGGAAAGUGUUGAUGAACCUAAAUUAUGCAUGCAGUUGCUUUGCCUCGCUACUCUUU